AUGGAAAUCACUCCAGUUGAAAUUUUCAAAGAAGACAAUAAGUGCCCCUCCACGCUGCUGGAGGACUGUCCAGUGAAUUCUUCAGCCUGGGUGUCCGGAUACUCAGACAGCCGCAAUGUGACCCACGAUGAUAGCUGGGAGCAGGAGGGCAUGUCCCCCAUCAUCCCCAUCAUCACUGCAGUCUACUCUGUGGUGUUUGUGGUCGGCUUGUUGGGCAACUGCCUCGUCAUGUAUGUGAUCAUCAGGUACACAAAGAUGAAGACAGCCACCAACAUUUACAUUUUCAACUUAGCCCUCGCUGAUGCCCUUGUCACCACCACGAUGCCCUUCCAGAGCACGGACUACCUGUUGAACACCUGGCCCUUCGGUGAGGUGGUGUGCAAGGUCUUCAUCUCCAUCGACUACUACAACAUGUUCACCAGCAUCUUUACCCUCACCAUGAUGAGCGUGGAUCGCUAUGUGGCCGUGUGCCACCCGGUGAAAGCCCUGGACUUCCGCACUCCAAUCAAAGCCAAGAUGAUCAAUGUGUGCAUCUGGAUCCUGUCCUCAGCCGCAGGGAUACCUGCUUUUAUUCUGGGGGGCACCCAGACGAAGAGCGAUAUAACUGAGUGUGCCUUACAGUUCCCGGAGCCGUACGUGUACUGGGACACCCUGAUGAAGAUAUGUGUGUUUGUGUUUGCCUUCGUCGUGCCUGUGCUCAUCAUCACCGUGUGCUACUCCCUCAUGGUCCUGAGGCUGAAGAGCGUCCGAAUGUUGUCCGGCUCGCGGGAAAAGGACCGCAACCUGCGGCGGAUCACGCGGCUGGUGGUGGUCGUGGUGGCCGUGUUUGUGGUCUGCUGGACGCCCAUUCACAUUUUCAUCCUGGUCAAGGCGCUCGUGAGCGUGCCCGAAACGACCGCCAUCAUGGCCGCCUACUUCUUCUGCGUGGCUCUGGGCUACACAAACAGUAGCCUCAACCCCGUCCUCUAUGCCUUUCUGGAUGAGAACUUCAAACGCUGCUUCAAAGACUUCUGCCUCUCCGCCAAACUGAAGGGGGAGAAGGUGUCGGGAAGCAAGAAAGCCCAAGGCACCACGAGAGAAGCCGCUGUCCCCCUGGAAAACCCAGAUAGGACUAGUAAGCCCACAUGA